AUGACAAAAGUGAAAAAUCUUUCUGUGGAACAAGAUGAAAAUAAUCAGGAUGUGUUGGAAUUUGAAGAUAAUCUUGAGAAGACGUCACGCGACUUAGUCACAGAUAUUUUAAAUCGGGCUAGAUCUGCAAUCGCACAUGAAUCGUUAGAUACAAAACAGAUUAUGUUGCCUUCACAAAAUUUUGCGUCAUCGCUACCACAAUUAUUGAUAACAACUUUAUCUCCACCUAAAUAUGUCAGUGAAAAUGAUAAGAAUACGGGAGAAUGUGAUGAUGCGUUUGGAAUUACAUCAAUAAAUCAUAAGUCUGUCAUAAGUGAAGAGAUUCAACCCUCAAAUUUUCAUGAAGAACUAACUAUCCAACAGGCACCAUCUGGAGAAAAGUUUCUAAUCAGUAUCAAACAAAAUUUGACUUCAAGUCAAAUAUUUUGA